GGCAUCUUUCGUUGCAAUAUAAUUCUAAUCAAAUUUGUUUUCCUUAUAUCCCCAACCUUCCAAUAUCACAUAAAUGAUGUAUUAAUGCGUAGUAAAACAUAGUAGAACUUGUUGCUGUGAUGUUCAGUAGUUUUGAGGAUUUAAAGAAGGAUUGACACUAAAACUAAACAUAUAACUUGCAUUCGAAUACAGAUUAAAGGAGUGUUUGUAAUUCUGCUCCAUAAGUGCAUUUGAGAAAUAACAUCAAAAAUGGCAGGUGGAUCUUCAACACAGCGGGAUGCAUUUCCACUGACUAAAGCACAACGCUCAAAAUGUGAAAGUCUUGGUAUAUUGAUAGGCAAACCUAAACACAGACAAUAUGGUACUCUUGACUCACGUAUAAAAUCAUAUGAAAAUGAAAAUUGGAUUAAAGAUAAAAUACCGGGGAUAAAAGAACUAGCAGAGGCCGGACUUGUAUAUACAGGUGUUGCCGACUCAGUGAGGUGUUACUACUGUAGUAUCGGUCUAAAAGACUGGCCGAAAGACGCUUGUCCCUGGGAACAGCAUAUAAUAGCAAGUCCUGAUUGCGGACACGUAGCUCAGUGCAAAGGUAAAGCUUAUGUCAGAAAAAUUCUAGGGGUAAACGAUGAAGAUUCGGAUGUUGAAGUGGACGAUUCAAAUGGAUUUGUCGAUACUGUAAAAGAAGCUAUUAAAAGAAACGAAGAAGCUGUAACUGCAGCAAAGCAGUAUUAUACUAACGAACAUAUCAUUAAUAAAGCGGUCAAAUUGUUGAUAAAAACUGAUCGAUUAAAAACCUUCUCUUCUGUUGAACUUAUAGCUGCUAUUGAAGAAGUUGAAAAAGAGUCUAAAAAGGGAAAACAAACAGAACAGUUGGCCAAUAACUCGCAAGCAAAAUCUGAAGAUGUAGAAACUGACGGUAGUACGUCUGAGACAGAUGAAGAAGAUGAAGAAGAACUAAACAGACAAUUGAAGGAGCCAAUUACUUGCAAAAUUUGUUUUAACGCUAUUGCUUGCAUAAUAACAUUGCCAUGUAGCCAUAUGGUUAGCUGCCCCCAGUGUAUACCAGCACUUACUAAAUGUGCAGUCUGUGGGGUCGAUAUUAACGGAACAGUGCGUGCCAUCAUGGCCAUUUAAAUGCUUAUACUGAUUUGCUUGAAGUUAUUUGCCUGGCACUCGUUACAAGCAUUCAACGAGUUGUGAUCAAUUUAAAUAAGUAUACGGAUUACCGGGUAGAUUAUUCAAUCAGAUCUUAGUUUAAGUCAUCAAAUUAUUUUCCUUUGUUUAUUUGUCCUCGACAAGCGAUCUAGGAUAUAGCUACGACCUUCCUUUGAAAUGAGAAUGUACUUAUAUUCAUAUUGUUACUUUCAUUCAAAACGUUUUGUACAUAGAAUUCGAUGACAGGCAAUUCGCAGUUUUGGUGAAUAAUUUGAGUGCUGUUGCUGUUUUUAUAUGUAAUUAUCAUGAGAAUGAUAAAUUUAGAAUUUCAUUGUUUAAUAUUAGGAAACAGUAAUAUCAUAGGUGCCUACUCGCUACAUAUUAACGGUUGUGAUAAUAAGGGUGUUUUUAUAUCUGUGUCUAGUGAAACAUCGCGUGUCACAGUUAUCUCAUGAAAACUGAAAUUUUUACUUCUAUUCAUAUUUAAAAAUGCAAACAAAUAUGUUGAUGUUUUUAGACUCGUUUUUGUGGGAGAGUACCUUUAAAGGUCAAGGUAUUGAAUUUUGCUUGAUUUUUGGUAUAAUUGGGUAUAAUUUCUGUUAUUUAUGAAUGUAUUGUGUUCAUACUUUAGCUUAACAAUCUUUAGGGCAUUGCUUUUAAAAGGAUCGAACUCAAUUUGACCUUGACUCGUAAAUAACCUUGACUUUGAAGAUCAAAUUAUUGUAAUUUCACUGAAAGUAAAUAAUUAUUUACUAGCAAAUACAGAUACAGCUUUAAAAAUUGAUAUAAUAAUCUUUGACAUAAGACGUUGAAGAAGAUUUAAUUGAACUUGACAUUGACCUUAAUUUGACAUUGACACUAAAUUUUGCUACAAAUGGCCAUUUAUUUCGUUAUUCGUUUAUGAAUUUGAUUUGUUUGAGUUGAUACAUAGACAAUCUUAUCACUUAUAACAAUAUUGACAUGUUCUGUUAUUAAAGUCUGGCUGACUUUGACCUUUAAAUGACCUUCACCGUCAGUGUCAACUAUUAAAUUUAUUUAAGUUCUUAUUUUUUUUAUUUCUUCGCGGAUUUUACUUACACUUGGACAAAAGAAUCUUUUUGACGAAAUCCAUAUGCUGAAAAAUUCAUUUAUUAAAAAGACUUUAAUUUGACCUUGACCGGUCAGGCAACAAAGUCAAAAUAUUGAAGUUUGCUUUUGGAUUUGAUUUACUUUUGGCAAGAGAGCACAUAUGACAAAACCGACAUGUUGAAUUCUUCUGAUAUGACAUUAACCUUUCAUUUACUGUGAUAGUCAAAGUCAAAUCAUUGAAAUUUGCUUCAAUUGUAAAAAGUACAAAGUUUGCUUGGAUUGUAAUAACUUCAUUAUUUACUUAUGGAUUUAUUUUAAUUCUUUUCUGGACAAAAUAACACGAAUUCUAUUUUUUUUCUUCUUUUGCAUUAAUUGACCUUCUAUUUUUUAUAUUUUUUUCCCAUGAUGUACAAUUAAAAUCUUAAUUUUUAUCUUAAUUUCUUUAUUUUCAUUAUGAUCAUUUUUGUACUUAUAAAUAUUGAUAUUUAAAGAAUGACAAGCAUUCAAUAUAAAUAAUGAAUGUUAUGGUGGCUGAUUUAGAACGCUUUUGUGCGCCGUGUUGUCGCUAGCGACAACAGGACAAAGCGUCAAACGACCCAUUGUUAGACUUUCGUCUUGUCGUCCUGUGGCUAACGAUAAACGCCAAAAGGCGCGUUGUCGUGCGGCGUGUUGUUGCGAAGUGGGUUCAAUCAAAGGACUGGUUUAUAAGCCAAGCGACAGUGCGACAUUGUGACAACGCGCGGCACGACAACGCGCUGUUCGGCGUGCUUUGCCAGAGACAGGACGACAAGACGAUAGCGCGACAACGCGACGUUUGGCGCUUUGUCGUAUUGUCGCUAGCGACAAGACGAAAAGGUGAUAACGACAUAGCAACGCGCAAUGUUCCAAAUCAGCCACCAUAGAAUAUUAUCAUUAAUGACAAUUGUGUCAUUCCAAGGAGAGAGUUUCUAAAAAUGUAAAAUGUAAUUUUAUUGCGUAUAUUAUGUUUGAUUGAAGUAAAUUAUUGUUCCAACUAUACUAACUCUUAUGAAAAAACUGACAUGAUGGUUAAUUCAAAGUGAUGACUUGACCGUCAAUGUCAAAUUAGAAUAUGAAAUUUGAGUUAUAUUUUGUACAAAGAAAACUUAGUUUUCCAUGAGCAUAGUACUGCAAUAUUCUUUCUCCCAUAUGUUAACCUUUAGAAGUAAAACAAGCUGGUUCUGGCCACGGUAGACGGUGUUUCUUUGUUAAUCAAAGCAUUUGAUUUAUUUGAAUAAAAUUUUUUAUACAAGAUUCAAACUAGUCUUUAUCAUCCAUUACAUUUGAGCCGCGUCACGACAAAACCAACAUAGUGGGUUUGCGACCAGCAUGGAUCCAGACCAGCCUGCGCAUCCGCGCAGUCUGAUCAGGACCCAUGCUGUUCGCUUACCAACUCUAUUACAAGUGAAGAAACUGAC